GAAGGACACCCAUUACCUUCAGAAGUUACCAUAGCAUAUAAUUUUGAAACAAAUGCAAUAGAUUUUAAAAUCGCCUCUGCAAAGAAGUCAGGUUUUACAUUUAAUGAAGCAGAUGUAUAUUCGAAUGAAAACUUCAAAGCUAUUGCAUGGUUAGAUAAUGACGAUUGCUUUAAGAAAAUAUUUAAAUUCAGUGACUCAAAGAUGUCAAUAGAUGACCUUCGUGGAAUGUUACCAUCGACGUUUACAGUUGAAGGCUCAGCAGGAUUGCUUACAAGAUUGUCAAUUGGUGGCGUUUGGUCUCGUGAGAACAUUGUUAUAAAAUCCAGUAUAAGUGAAUUUGCUGAAGAAUCUAUAUUAUGUCUUUCAAACUACAUGUAUUCGCCACCGAAGCAUUAUAGUAUAACAAACUUUGUCAGUAAGUUUAACAUAAGACUUGUCGAACCUUCUUCAAUGAAAGAUGUUGUGCUACCUAAAGAUGGAAAGGAUGGACUCAUUAUUGAGAUGAUUUUAAUUGCAUAUUAA